AGGCCUCUACCUACCAAAUUACCAGAGCGUCAACAUUGUUCAAAAUGCAGUCCUUUUCAAAUCACCAUUCUCUUACUAUUUCUUUAUUCCGUCUUUCCGUUUACCAUUUCAGGACUCCUGCAGCCUCUGGUCUGAAGAUUCUAAAGACUCAGCUCAAGCAAGGUAGUUGUAAGGUGCAGCCGAAAAUUCAGCAAAGAUAUUUCUUCCUGGGGACCAAGGAGGUUGUGAUCAAUGAAUCGGAUACUAGUUACUAUGGCCGAGCUCGAGAGAAGGUUAAUCGUCGUUUCCAGCAGUUUGUUACCAAUCAACAGGACUUAUAUAAGUACAAAACUAAUAGACUUGUCGACCUGGAUGUAUAAUUCCCACCCUUGAUGUUUUUACUUGGUCUGAUUUCUGUACAGGCUAUGAUUCUGAAGGAAAAAAUUGAAAGGAUGAAAACCGAGAAAAAAAGUGAUCUUCGUGAAGUUCUGGGUAUGCCAUAAUAUGCAAUUCCUACAUGUCUAUUCCCUACUAACCUUUUAGUAUAGAACUGCUCGUGUACUGUGCGUAUUACAGAGACCAAUUACGCGAAUUUAAUGGCAUGCAAGACAGCCUUAUCCAGCUAGGCACCAAACCAGACUUCUUUUACUACCUCGGGGGGGAGGCCCUUGCGCGUACCCUUGCGCCCAGGGAUAUAGAGCCUUGUAUCUUCUAUCUUUAUCAAGCGGUACAGCGACGUAGGUGCCCUCCCAGUGGGGUCGUUUUUAUCCGUACUAGAGACUUUAGUUUCCAUGAACGGGCUGCACUGGUUGCUUUCAUGCGGUUGCAGGAUGAGUGGUUAAAAGAAGUUGAUUGGCAUGAGGUUAGGGUGGUUAGGGAGGGGAGUAGGUGGGAACAGCUGGAAAUACUUGCUGAUUCCGAAAAAAGGUUUGGGGAGAAACCUAGAGAAUUGUUUGUAGAAUACUAGUAAGAUACCUUGUGAAAAUGAUUGGCAACAGCAACAGCAUCAGCAACAAUAAACUUG